AAAGAGUUAAUAAAUUAAGAAAAUUUACAAAAAAAGUAAAAGGAAUUAAAGCAUAGCAAAAAAUAACACAUCAGUAUAAAAAAUACAAAAAAACUAAUUACAAACUUUGUGUUAUAACAAAUAUUUAUAUAAAUAUAAACAAGAAGUUUAAUACCUAAAAUGAGCAUAAAAUCUCUUAAGUAAAUUAGACUUCCAGAAUCCAGAAGCCCUAAUAGAUCUCAGAAACUUAUAAAUUUUAACAGUCCUUUGUCAUAGGAAAAAAAAUUCAUUACUUUGAAAGAAAUAAAGAGUGAAAAAUCGAUUAAAUUACCUUCUAUAAUUUCUCCAAGGAUACCAUAUACUUAGCGAGAUGUUAAAAAUACCCCUUAAGUAAAUAAAUCGUAAAAAUUCUCCAUAAACAAUAAGUUUGUAUCUCUUCUUGGAUAAAUUGAUGAUACUAUAAAGACUGAAACAAACUAUACACGCUAAAUAUCUAAUUCGAUUGAUUAAAAAGUAUAUAGAAUCAGCGAGCAUUUCAAAAACAGGUCGAUCUCCUCGAAAUUAGAAAUGGAUUAAGUUAUGUUUAGUAACUAAGAAAAGUAAAAAGUUAUUAACUUAUAUAAUAACUCGAUUAAAUCACACUAUACAAAUACUGCUAGUGGUAUAGUCUACUUUAAAAAGAAUAUUUUACAAAAAGAGUAGGAUUUUGGGUUUUGA